CAAACGUCAAAACAGUUUUGUUCUGUGUACUUUUACUCCUUUUAGUAGACCUGUUAGCAGUGGUUAUUGUGGUUUUUGGUUAAUAGAACGAUGAUUCCACAGAUUAUGAGGAUUCAACAUUAGAAAAUGGGGUUUUUAACUAUACUAAAGAAACUAAGGCAGAAAGAAAAAGAAAUGAGAAUACUGAUGCUAGGCUUAGAUAAUGCAGGCAAAACUACCAUACUUAAACGAUUUAAUGGUGAACCCAUCGAUACAAUAUCACCUACUUUAGGUUUUAAUAUCAAGACUUUAGAACAUAAGGGAUAUAAAUUGAAUAUCUGGGAUGUCGGUGGACAAAAAUCUUUAAGAUCAUACUGGAAAAAUUAUUUUGAAAGCACAGAUGGUGUAGCGUGGGUAGUUGACAGUGCAGAUCCCCGACGACUUGCUGACUGUGUAAGAGAGUUACAUGCACUUCUCAGGGAGGAAAGGCUUUCAGGAGCUACACUUCUUGUACUUGCCAAUAAAUCAGACCUGCCUGGAGCACUUUCCUUGCAAGAAAUCAGGGAGGUACUAGAUUUAGACAGCAUUAAAACUCACCAUUGGCGCAUAGUAAGGUGUUCUGCUGUGACUGGAGAAAACCUCCUUGAGGGCAUGGAUUGGAUGCUGGAUGAUAUUGCCUCUAGGAUAUUUACACUUGAUUAGUGGCUUAAAUCUUUUAAGAUACAUUAUUAGUAUGCUUCUAGCCAUGCUAAUAAAAAAGAUUUUAACAAAUAUUCCUAGCUUGGAAUAUUUUUAUUAAAAAGUAAUAAUAUUGGUAUUAAUAAAAAUAUUGUAAUCAACUCAAACUCAUUACAAUAAUAAAAACUAACUCACUAAUAUUAUAUUUUUAUUGAUUCAAUAUGACUUAAAACAACAUUUGAAAGUAAAUAUUAUAAUAAUAUAACUUUAAUUUAGGACACAGUUUAGGCCAAGUAGUGGAUCUUGAAUGUGUAUUCAUAAAACUAUUAUGGCUUUAACAUAAAUAAACUUAAAAAAGCAAGUUUAUAUAAUUAUACAAAAUACAGUUUCCUUAGAAUUGUAUCAUAAUGAUAAUUAAAUAAAAUCUACACCAAGUUGUAAACCUUCA